AUGCAGCAGCAGGUUCGCCUCAUGCAAUUGCUUCCUUUCGCCGGUGUAACGCUGCUCUGUUCCAUGUCGCUAGAGUACGUUUUCAGCGGCAAUCGGUUCCGUACCUUGACGAUAGAGAACAUUGUCAGUGCUGUCGAUAUAUUUGACAUCCUCGAGUGCCUCAAUGUGCCUUUUACCCAAAUAGACGGCAUAAUAUGGGCUCCCAAAUAUAGAUGGGCCACCAGUUUGCUUCACCUUGCUGUUAGUAAUAUGUGGCGCGAUGAGGGCAUCGUGGAACGCCCGGGGAUGCCUGCACAAAUGAACAGAAGCCCGCAUAGCUCUGCCGUUAGUGUCAACAACCGAAUGUAUGCAUUCAUUUGGUCGGCCCUUCUCCAAGAUGCAUACUUUCUGCCUGUCCGAAUCAACUUGCUCCUCAUAGGUCUUCCGUAUAAUCCUCGAAUCCUGUUUUUGGCUAUGAAAAACAUACUGUUCCUUAUGAUCGCUGCACAAAGAUACUGCGUUCUCGUAUGCGGAAAUCUUUAG